AUGUUAUCAGCUAGACAAUCUUUGAAGAAAUUUUCUAAAAACUUUAUUAGAGCUCAAUCAACUCAAGCUGCUGCUCCAACAGGUCCAGUUAUUGGUAUUGAUUUGGGUACUACCAAUUCUGCUGUUGCAGUUAUGGAAGGUAAAACUCCAAAAAUUUUAGAAAAUAGUGAAGGUGGUAGAACUACUCCAUCAAUUGUUGCUUUUACUAAAGAUGGUGAAAGAUUAGUCGGUAUUCCAGCUAAAAGACAAGCUGUUGUUAAUCCUGAAAAUACUUUAUUUGCAACUAAAAGAUUAAUUGGUAGAAAAUAUGAAGAUCCUGAAGUUCAAAGAGAUAUUAAACAAGUUCCUUAUCAUAUUGUUAAACAUGGUAAUGGUGAUGCUUGGUUAGAAGCUAGAGGUGAACAAUAUUCUCCACAACAAAUUGGUGGUUUUAUUUUAAAUAAAAUGAAAGAAACUGCUGAAUCUGCUUUAAAUAAAAAAAUUAAUUCUGCAGUUGUUACUUGUCCAGCUUACUUCAAUGAUGCUCAAAGACAAGCUACUAAAGAUGCUGGUAAAAUUGUCGGUUUAAAUGUUUUAAGAGUUGUUAAUGAACCAACUGCUGCUGCAUUAGCUUAUGGUUUAGAAAAAAAAGAUGGUGAAGUUGUUGCUGUUUUCGAUUUAGGUGGUGGUACUUUUGAUAUUUCAAUUUUAGAUAUUGGUGCCGGUGUUUUCGAAGUUAAAUCAACUAAUGGUGAUACUCAUUUAGGUGGUGAAGAUUUUGAUAUUACUUUAGUUAGAAAUAUUGUUGAAAAUUUCAAAAAAGAAACUGGUAUUGAUUUAGAAAAAGAUAGAAUGGCUAUUCAAAGAAUUAGAGAAGCUGCAGAAAAGGCUAAAAUUGAGUUAUCAUCAACUGUUUCAACUGAAAUUAAUUUACCAUUUAUUACUGCUGAUGCAUCAGGUCCAAAACAUAUUAAUCAAAAAAUUUCAAGAGCACAAUUUGAAAAUUUGGUUGAACCAUUAAUUAAAAAAACUAUAGAACCAUGUAAAAAAGCUUUGAAAGAUGCUGGUUUAUCAACAUCUGAUAUUUCAGAAGUUAUUUUAGUUGGUGGUAUGUCAAGAAUGCCAAAAGUCGUUGAAACUGUUAAAUCAAUCUUUGGUAAAAAACCAAGUACUGCUGUUAAUCCAGAUGAAGCUGUUGCUAUGGGUGCUGCUAUUCAAGGUGGUAUUUUAGCUGGUGAAGUUAAAGAUGUUGUUUUAUUAGAUGUUACUCCAUUAUCAUUAGGUAUUGAAACUAUGGGUGGUGUUUUUGCAAGAUUAAUUAAUAGAAAUACUACAAUUCCAGCUAAAAAAUCACAAGUUUUUUCAACAGCAAGUGCAGGUCAAACAAGUGUUGAAAUUAGAGUUUUCCAAGGUGAAAGAGAAUUAACUAGAGAUAAUAAAUUAAUUGGUAAUUUCACAUUAUCAGGUAUUCCACCAGCUCCAAAAGGUGUUCCACAAAUUGAAGUUACAUUUGACUUAGAUUCAGAUGGUAUAAUUAAAGUUUCAGCUAAAGAUAAAGCUACUAAUAAAGAUGCCUCAAUAACUGUUGCUGGUUCAUCAGGUUUAUCAGAUGCUGAAAUUGAACAAAUGGUUAAUGAUGCUGAAAAAUACUCAGAACAAGAUAAAGCAAGAAGAGAAUCAAUUGAAACUGCAAAUAGAGCUGAUUCAGUAAUCUUGGAUACUGAAAAUAGUUUAACUGAAUUUAAAGACAAAAUUGAUACUACAAAAGCUGAUGAAUUAAAAGCUAAAAUUUCAUCAGUUAGAGAAUUAAUUGUUAAAGUUCAAGCUGGUGAAGAAGUUAACCCAGAAGAAUUAAAAACUAAAAUUGAAGAAAUUCAAAAUGACUCAAUCAAUUUGUUCAAAGAUGUUUAUAAAGAUGGUGAACAAUCUUCAUCAUCAUCAUCAGAACAACCAAAGUCUGAAUAA